AACUUCCACUGCAGCACAGCUCAGCUCUGACACACAGACACACAGCCUUGCUUCUUUCUGCUGCUGCGCUCUCGUCGCCUUCGCUGUCCUGCAACAACUUUCUCCCCUCUGCACCGAUGAAGCCUCGGAGUAAAAGCUGCCAACACUUCAAUCUGAUUCACUUUCUGUAAUCAGACUCCUGCCUUAGAGUGGAGAGAGAGAGGGAGAGGAGAGGGAAAAGAGAAGAAAUCUGUUCUGAUCUAAAUAAGGCUCUGUGAGGAGCAGCGAGUCCUCGUUCCUUUUUUUAAAACAAAACAAAAACACUUGUAUCAGUGGAGGACAGGCAGACAGACGGUUGCGCACAACAGUUUCUUAUACACAACAACAACAACAACAACAACACAUUUCGGUGCCUCAGUCACACCAGAGUCCAUGCAAGAUACGGAUGCUACAAGUUCUGACGCGCAUCGCCGACUCGUCCCCUGAUUCCACACGCACCGAGUUGCGGAGACACGUUGGACACGCGCUGUGAGGCUCCACGCGGGGUUCAUGUACUGGAAAAAUGAAGUUCUGUCCCCUCUUUCAGAGGGAAACAAGAUUCUGUCCGACGGAAUCCCCACGAAGCAGGUGAUCUGUGCCGAGCACCAGAGCACACCGGGAGCCUCGCGCUGCAGCGUGGAGUCCAAACACGCGCCAAUGUCUCACUCGGACGGAGAGUCUCAGCGAUCGAACAUGGAGCGGGAGGACACUCGCUCGUCCCCGAGCACACCGUCCACUCCCUCCGUGUGCUCGCCGACCUCCACCACCAGCUCCGUGCCCUCCACCGGGAAGAACGUGUGCGCCAGUUGCGGUCUGGAGAUCUUGGACAGAUAUUUGCUCAAGGUGAAUAACCUGAUCUGGCACGUGCGCUGUCUGGAGUGCUCGGUGUGCAGGACGUCACUGCGUCAGCACAACAGCUGCUACAUCAAAAACAAAGAGAUCUUCUGCAAAAUGGAUUAUUUCAGUAGGUUUGGUACUAAGUGUGCUCGCUGUGGGCGGCAGAUAUACGCCAGUGACUGGGUGCGCCGCGCGAGGGGAAACGCAUACCACUUGGCAUGCUUUGCGUGCUACUCGUGCAAGAGGCAGCUGUCCACGGGAGAGGAGUUUGGAUUGGUGGAGGAGAAGGUCCUGUGCAGGAUCCACUAUGACACCAUGGUGGAGAACCUCAAACGAGCGGCUGAGAGCGGCAAUGGUAUCACGUUAGAAGGAGCGGUUCCAACAGAACAAGACAGUCAACCCAAACCUGCCAAAAGGGCACGGACGUCCUUCACUGCAGAACAGCUACAGAUCAUGCAGGCUCAGUUUGCCCAGGACAACAACCCCGAUGCACAGACGCUACAGAAACUGGCCGACAUGACGGGCCUCAGCAGGAGAGUCAUACAGGUGUGGUUUCAAAACUGCAGAGCAAGACACAAAAAGCACACGCCCCAGCACAGUGGGGCUCCGCAAGGUCAUCCGCAGUCCAGAAUACCCUCGUCCCUGCCCGAUGAGCUGCAUUACUCUCCCUUUGGAAAUCCUGAGCGGGCACGCAUGGUGGCCCUUCAUGGGUACAUCGACAGUCAUCCCUUCUCUGUGCUGACCUCACAGAGUCUCCCUCACCAGGCCAUGUCACUGCCCCAGCUCCCCCUCAGCCGCUAGCACUCCACUUAUGACCGAUAUGACCCCUCGCCUCCGCACCCAACCCUUCAUCUCCCAUCAGUAAACGUCUGCCGUCGGCCUGACCCGGAGGUCAACCAGUCAGAGUCAGGAUGGGGGGGGGGGGGAAGAGACAAAACUUCACACAAGAGUCUCGCCCACUUGGAAACAGAAAAGACAUUUUUUUUUGUCUCUCUGAGGACAGGAAUAUCCCACCUGCAGCCAGUUUGACAAAAAGAGGCAACAAUUUUUCAUGAUUUCACCACAAAUAAGGACCCAUUUUUCUUCAAGUGAACGGCGUCGUCCACUGUACUCGUCAUCCGCGCUCGGACUUUGAAGGUGGAGGGAGCUUUAAAAGGAUGACACCGAUCAGGGAAGCAGGACUGAUGCCUCUCGAGUGCUGUCAGAAUGUUGAAGAAAGACAAAGAGGGGGACAUUUAAGGGGGAAAUGCCAGUGUGGCACACGGCAGACCACAUUUAGAGGUAAGACUCCGCCCUCUUUUUUUUCUCCAAGCAACCAUGAAGGAAAAUUAUGUUAAAACCGCUAAAACAUUUUCUUUUAGGAAUGGCAAUGGUGUUUCCAUGGCAUUUAAAAAAAAAAAAAAAAAACAAUCUUCCCAGCAACAUUUCGGUCAAUUUCACACUGAGAUUAGGUGCAAAUCCAGAUUUUCUUUGGUGAAGGAAUAUUGCGUGCCUUAUCUUUUCCAACGUUAGAUGAGACUGUACUUGUUUUACGGCAGUGAAAUUCAUGACAAAGCAAGGAUUUUGGGGUUGUGUAUAUGAAAACAAUUUUAGAUCUUCCAUUGGUUAGAAAAUAAUAAAACUGUCGUAGCAUAUUGAAUUGUUAUUAUUAUUAUUUUUUAUCAUGAAGGAAAAAACCACAAAGCACAAAGUCUCUGCUCGUGUAUCAUUUUUAAUUCUGGGUUUCAUGAGGAGCAAGCAGAUUUAGAUUUUAAAACCGCCACGGUCCUGUUACCUUUCUUUAAUCGGACACAGAAACAGAAAAUCUGAUAUGUUACAAGUUACAUAUUUUUAUAUUUCAGGUGUUUUUGUCAUUAAUUUAUGAUUUUAAAUUCCCUUGUUCGGCGUCUGUGCGUGUGUGUGUUUUGUACAAUGAGGGAAAUGGAGUACUGGUACAAAAUAGACAGUAUAAAACAGACUGGGGUGUACAUAGUAAGAAAUGUGUGUGUGUGUGUGUGUGUGUGUGUGUGUGUGCAGGGGUAGAAAGUGUGCAUCUGUAUUUUAGUGCCAUGGCCGAUGUGUGAAGAACAGGAUCCAACAAGACCUCAAUGUCCUUGUAUUUAUUGAGAUGGUAAAUCCCUGUAAAGCACUUUUUUUUUCCCCCUCCUCUGAAAAUGUUUUUGUUUUUGUUAAAAAAAACAUGAAAUGGAAUGAAACAAAAAGUUUAUUUGAUAGACUGUGCAUCAUUAAUGUUUUGUGUACUAAAUUGCAAUAAAAUAGAAUGUGAUA